GUCGUUUUUCUCUCUGUUUUGUUAUUGGUCUGGAGCCGAACGAAGUCUUCGUCUUCGUCUUCGUCUUCGUCUUCGUCUUCCGUCGUCCACCUCCCUUAUCCAUGAAAUCAGGGUUAUAAGCGCCCUCCUCCUCUAUCCGGGACAAUAAAAAUUUGGUCAGGUGGAAGUGAAUGGUAUUAAAAUUUUCCGACCGUAUUUGCAUCUGGGAAGCAAUUUGAGAGAAUCUGUAUUGUGGGUUUAAUUCAAGAGCACUCUUUUAGCAAAGAAUGGCUUCAACAGUACAACCACAAUCACUCAAGAGAAAGGACAUGGCAGUAACAAGAGAAGGAGAUCAGCUUACUAUAACCCCUUUGGGAGCUGGCAACGAAGUGGGUCGGUCUUGCGUCUACUUGUCUUACAAAGGCAAAACUGUGCUGUUUGACUGUGGAAUUCAUCUUGGUUACACUGGCAUGGCUGCUUUGCCAUACUUUGAUGAGAUUGAUCCUUCAACAAUAGAUGUCCUUCUCAUUACACACUUUCAUUUGGAUCAUGCUGCAUCUCUACCUUAUUUCCUGGAGAAGACAACAUUCAGAGGUCGAGUAUUCAUGACUCAUGCAACUAAGGCUAUCUACAGGCUGCUACUGUCUGACUAUGUAAAAGUGAGCAAAGUUUCAGUUGAAGACAUGUUGUUUGAUGACCAAGAUAUCACUCGCUCAAUGGAUAAAAUUGAGGUUAUUGACUUCCACCAAACAGUGGAAGUAAAUGGGAUUAAAUUCUGGUGCUAUACUGCUGGUCAUGUUCUUGGUGCUGCAAUGUUCAUGGUUGAUAUUGCUGGAGUUCGAGUUCUCUACACUGGAGAUUAUUCUCGGGAAGAGGAUAGGCAUCUCCGUGCUGCUGAGCUCCCCCAGUUUUCCCCAGAUAUAUGCAUUAUUGAAUCUACCUAUGGUGUCCAGCUUCACCAACCAAGACACAUUCGGGAGAAGCGCUUUACCGAUGUCAUCCAUUCAACUGUUUCUCAAGGAGGUCGUGUUCUAAUCCCAGCAUUUGCCCUUGGUCGUGCCCAAGAACUUCUGCUGAUACUUGACGAGUAUUGGUCAAACCAUCCUGAGCUCCACAAUAUUCAGAUAUAUUAUGCUUCUCCACUUGCAAAGAAGUGUAUGGCCGUUUAUCAGACAUACAUACUUUCUAUGAAUGAGAGGGUUCGCAAUCAGUUUGCUACUUCGAAUCCAUUCAAAUUCAAACACAUUGAUUCAUUGAAUAGCAUUGAUGAAUUUAGGGAUGUUGGCCCAUCUGUGGUAAUGGCAAGUCCUGGUGGGCUUCAAAGUGGGUUGUCAAGACAACUGUUUGACAUGUGGUGUUCUGAUAAGAAAAAUGCUUGUGUCAUACCUGGUUAUCUUGUUGAAGGCACAUUGGCCAAAACAAUUAUUAGUGAACCAAAGGAGGUGACUCUCAUGAAUGGUCUCACUGCUCCUCUCAACAUGCAGGUUCAUUAUAUUUCAUUCUCUGCUCAUGCGGACUAUGCUCAGACAAGUACCUUUUUGAAAGAGCUUUUGCCUCCCAACAUAAUUCUUGUUCAUGGUGAAGCACACCAAAUGGAGAGACUGAAACAGAAGCUUAUUACCGAGUUGCCUGAUGGCAACAACAAGAUUAUUACCCCUAAGAAUUGUCAGUCUGUCGAGAUGUACUUCAACUCUGAGAAAAUGGCUAAAACCAUUGGAAGAUUGGCCGAGAAGACCCCAGAAGUUGGUGAAACGGUCAGUGGAAUUCUAGCAAAGAAUGACUUCACAUACCAGAUAAUGGCUCCUGAUGAUCUCCAUGUCUUCUCACAGCUAACAACAACAAAUAUCACUCAGAGGGUUACCAUCCCAUAUUCUGGUGCCUUUGGUGUGAUAAAACAUCGCCUUGAGCAGAUUUAUGAGAGUGUGGAAUCUUCAAUGGAUGAAGAAUCAGGUGUUCCAUCACUGCAAGUACACGAUCGAGUGACAGUGAGUCAGGAUUCAGAAACGCAUAUCUCACUGCAUUGGACAUCAGAUCCCAUAAGUGAUAUGGUGUCAGAUUCUAUUGUGGCUCUGGUUCUGAAUAUCAGACGGGAAAUCCCCAAGGUUGUAGCUGACACCGAGGUUGUGAAAACAGAAGAAGAAAAUGGGAAGAAAGCAGAAAAGGUUAUCCAUGCACUCCUUGUUUCACUCUUUGGAGAUGUGAAAUUAGGAGAAGACGGGAGGAUAGUUCUAAGUGUUGAUGGAAAUGUGGCUUACAUUGACAGAAACACAGGGGAUGUUGAGAGUGAAAAUGAAGGUCUCAAGGAAAGAGUAAGAACAGCUUUUCGGCGAAUUCAAAGUGCAGUAAAACCAAUUCCUCUCUCUGCAUCUUAGCUCCUCCAUUCAUUUUUAUUACCCUUUUUUUUUUCUGGUUCCACCAUCUUCCUGCAUUUGUAACUUUGUAUUUGAGGAUAAAUGUUGGAUUAGCAAAUAACUUUGAAGCAUAUUCGUGUUGUAUGCUUUGUACUACAGGAUUGACCAAUCACUAAUUCUAAGACCUAGCUUUUAUAGCGUAGCACCGAAGCAGAAUAUGAAUAUAUGCACUUCAUUUUGUCUUCUUUAGAUGUUUCUCUCUGGAUGUAGAAGAUUGGAGACAUAUAUUCUUCUCGAUCACCUAGAAUGUUAUUAAACUGUCGAUUUAUUU